AUGAAAAUAGCUUCUUUGAUUUCAGAAGCAAAACCUCCCGACAAAGAGACUCAAAAUCACCAGCAGGCAACACAUACUGGAGCAAAUCCUAACAAAAUAUUUACACUAACCCCACGGAACUCUGGAUCAGGUGUGCCCACUAGGUUAGUGAAAAAAUCAAUAGCAACAGAAGACAUACCUUCUCAGGCGUGCCCACUAGGUGUUGUUGGGAUGCAAUCGGUGUAUAUAAUAGGGACCUGGUUGGUUGAGGGUCGACCAAGGGCGACGAUUUCUGCUUUGUUCAUGUUCACUUGUCGUGGGAUCCUUGGUUACUCGACGCAGCUCCCAUUACCUCAGGAAUUUGUAGGGUCAGGGAUGGAUUUUCCUGUAGGGAAUGUCUCAUUUUUCCUCUUCUUCUCCGGCCACGUUGCUGGAUCGGUGAUUGCAUCGUUGGACAUGAGGAGAAUGCAGAGAUGGGAAUUGGCAUGGUUAUUCGACACACUCAAUGUGCUUCAAGCCAUGAGAUUGCCCGGUACAAGGGGUCACUACACGAUUGAUUUGGCGGUUGGCGUCGGUGCCGGGAUUUUAUUCGAUUCGCUCGCGGGCAAGUAUAUAGAGAGCAGGAAAAAAGCUGCUCUUACGUGAGGUACAAAUGAAGUAA